UAGUCAGUCACCCUCCACUAGUUAAAAAAUAAAAAAGACGAAGAAGCGGCGUUUGUGCUCAAACGGAACCUGCCCCCAAUUCGUCCGUUAGUCUUCGACAGCUGCCAUUGAAGAAAACCUUGCAACAAAUCUGAAAUCCCAAUUUCAGAACAAUUAAACAUUCUAGAUCUGUUUUGAUCUGAUCUGCACUCAUCGUUGACGAUUGCUGACUUCACCAGCUGCCUGCUUCAGAGAUGCCGGUGGCUGCUUCUGCUAUCUACUUUCUAAAUCUUCGCGGUGAUGUUCUCAUCAACCGUCUAUAUCGCGAUGACGUCGGGGGAAAUAUGGUUGAUGCCUUUAGACUACACAUAAUGCAAACGAAAGAACUAGGCACGUGCCCUGUUCGCCAGAUCGGUGGUUGCUCUUUUUUCUAUAUGAGAAUUAGCAAUGUCUACAUUGUCAUCGUUGUCAGCAGUAAUGCCAAUGUAGCAUGUGCUUUCAAGUUUGUUGUUGAGGCGGUUAAUUUAUUUAAAUCAUAUUUUGGUGGUGCUUUUGAUGAGGAUGCCAUUCGUAACAACUUUGUUUUAAUAUACGAGUUAUUAGAUGAGAUUAUGGACUUCGGUUAUCCGCAAAAUCUUUCACCAGAAAUAUUAAAGCUUUACAUUACUCAAGAAGGCGUACGUUCACCAUUUUCAUCCAAGCCUACAGAUAAACCUGUUCCGAAUGCUACUUUACAAGUAACGGGUGCUGUCGGGUGGCGUAGGGAAGGUCUCGCUUAUAAAAAGAACGAAGUGUUUUUGGAUAUUGUGGAAAGUGUUAAUCUUCUUAUGUCUUCAAAAGGUAGUGUAUUACGUUGUGAUGUAACGGGAAAGAUUCUUAUGAAGUGUUUUCUUUCUGGAAUGCCUGAUUUGAAACUGGGGUUAAAUGACAAAAUCGGACUCGAAAAAGAAUCUGAACUAAAGUCACGCCCUACUAAGAGUGGGAAAACCAUUGAGCUGGAUGAUGUUACGUUCCAUCAGUGUGUGAACUUGACCAGAUUUAAUUCAGAAAAAACCGUCAGCUUUGUGCCACCAGAUGGUGAAUUCGAGCUAAUGAAAUAUCGUAUUACCGAAGGUGUAAAUCUUCCAUUCCGGGUAUUGCCCACCAUCAAAGAAUUAGGCAGGACGCGCAUGGAAGUUAACGUUAAGGUAAAGAGCGUUUUUGGUGCAAAAAUGUUUGCACUUGGAGUUGUGAUUAAGGUUCCAGUACCCAAACAGACGGCAAAAACGAGUGUUCAAGUGACAUCAGGGCGAGCAAAGUACAAUGCUUCUAUGGACUGUUUGAUGUGGAAGAUACGAAAAUUUCCAGGCCAAACAGAAGCAACUUUGAGCGCAGAAGUGGAGUUGAUUUCAACGAUCGCAGAAAAGAAGUCAUGGACUAGACCGCCAAUACAGAUGGAGUUUCAGGUUCCAAUGUUUACAGCAUCUGGAUUAAGAGUCAGGUUUCUCAAGGUAUGGGAGAAGAGCGGGUACAACACGGUUGAGUGGGUCAGGUAUAUUACCAAAGCCGGUUCAUAUGAGAUCCGAUGCUAAAUCAAACGGCGAUUUAGAGAUGUGUCUUGAAGUUGUGUGGCGUGUGCUAUCUUGAGGUUUAUAGAAAUAAUCGGAUUGAGAAUUUGAUUUUUCUUGGUGUUAUAAAGGCAUGUUGUUUGAUUAGAACUCUUUGACAUGCUGGAAAACUUGCAGAGUGAGGAAAUAUUGUAUUUACACGAACCGAUCAAAUGUAAUGAGCGUAAUUCACCUUUGAGUUGACUUCGUUGAUGUUUUGAUUCAUGUUGUCAUCGCCCUGUGGAAACGUCAACAUUUGACUUUA